CAGAAUUCUUCAACAUUGUGCCAAGGUGAGGCUUUCUUUAAGCCAUAACUAUCGUAUAUGCUGCUGGAAAAUGGUACCUAGGAUAAAUGAUAGCAAUAUACUGCCUUUUCUUUUGAAAGAAUCACUCAUACCCAGCGUGGGAAGAUUUCUUGCCUACUCUGAUAACAAAGUACAUGCUAUCUUUUUAGAUGGCAUUACUCUAACCCUAAAUUGGAAUUUCAGCUCUUCUACUGAAAACAGACAGGUAAAUCAAAGUCUCAACUUCGGUUGGUGUAAGUUAACUUUUCCUGAUGGACAAGAUCAGUUAAUUCAAAUUGAACACCCUGGACCAUAUGAAAGAUAUGUGACAACAGUAACAUCAUGGUGCAGAAGACUGACCCAGGCUAGUCCAAGAGAGAUGCUCACACAUCCUUCAUCUUCUGUUCUCGAAGAAAACUGGUCUGUUGCUUCUGAACUUGAAAAGAUACAGAAGUUCAACUUGCUAUUGGAGAAUAGUGGUAUUCUAAACCAGAUUUCUAAGAAGAAAAACGAACAGUCUUCUGAUCAUUAUAAACCAAGAUCUUCAGAAAUCUUGCUAGAAGAAGUUAAUGAAAAGAGAGUAUCAGUAGCACUGAAAAAAACCUCUGAAAUCCUUCAGGAUAUUGACUGUCUUCUAUCAAACUCUAAAAAGUGAACAUGGAAUUGUUACAAUAUAUUAUUAAAUUUUAAGGAUGUUGUUUCAAGUGACUGGUAUAAAAUUACUAGUAAGCCAAGAAUGGCAUAUAUUACUUCUGCACAAUAUUGUAUGAGAAUUGACAUUGAACUUUGGAGACAUUUUACCUAACUUGUAAAUUUUUUAAAGAUAUAUUUUAUUAAUAAAGAACUAUUUUGAAAUUUUUAAC